AUGUCCUCAAGUACGAAGGAAUAUGAAUACGAUAAAUUCAAGUAUGAUGGUAUAAACCUCGAAGGAACUAAAGCACAAGAUUCUAUCACGUACGAAGCCGAUACAAACUAUUACACGCCACAGCUUUGCAAUCUAGCGAAUCGAUGUGUCAGGCUUGCGUACGGCGAGAGACCGUCACUGGAGGAAAUAUUGAUAGCCACACGCGAAGGCUUCCAAAUGUGGGAAAGAAUGACGGCACCGAUACGCAAUCAAUCGUACGAAGAAGUACGUCCGCUUGUCGUUAAAUACCUGCCCCCAGGAUGGGACAAAGAGUACACUGAGAAAGUUCUUCGACGACCCGAAGAAGGGCCACUAGGGAACAAAAGACGCAGAGAUGACUCCGAGAACGAUGGCCACGGCGAUGAAAGUCCACAUGACGGCCAUGAUAUGGGCAGACCAAGGAGAAAGUCAGCUGGGUCAGCCACUCAAGUACAUGAGUCUGAUCGUGCGGAUUCUGAGAUAAUUGACUGGCCGUCUGAUCCUGUUCACCACCCGAUGGAUAAUGAUUUCGAAACAGAAGGCUCUCGGGCAGAUGAUCAGAAUGAUAUCGAAGUUUCUGAUACACAUGACGAGACUUCUAGUGUACCUGCUGCUCCUGCGGCUCCUGCGGCUCCUCCUCCACCUGCUGCGCCUGCUGCACCAAUCGCUCAGCCUAAUGUCACGACUGCGCCUCAGGCACAUCCUCGUCGGGCUGGUCUUCGACAGGGCGUUCGAGUUAACAGGCCGAAUUAUAACGAGGCCCGCCGCAGAUAG